AUGGUCGCCAAUGCAAUAAGCAGCUUCUUGCAGCCAUCCAUUUACGAAAGCAUCAUUAAUAUCAAGAACCUGCCGCAUUUGGCCGAUCUACCCCCUUCACGAAUCAGUGUCCAUACUCUGAAAGUCGAAAAUGUGAUGGUGCACAACGUGUUCUGCAUAACCAAAAUGACUACUUAUGGCGAACUCAGGGAGCUCCUUGUCGCAACAUCACAUUUGCGCUCUUAUCCACUUGUCACGGAUUUACAAUCUAAAAUUUUACUUGGUUCGGUGGCGCGCAAGUAUCUGAAUUAUUUGCUGUACGAAAAGCUUGGACCGGACUCCAUAAUUGACAAGAAACGCACAAAUACCGCAUCUGAGCUCCUGCAUCACAUACGGCGAAAUUCGCUCCUCAAUGCCAACAGCUUACUCACUGACAGGAACAUCAGUGGUAACACGUUGCUGGCCAAUAGCCCACUGCAUGAAGAAAUUCGCAGAGAUGGCCCAUUAGCACCGUUGCUACGACGUCAGACCGAUCCCGACCUUCGAGUAAGUCUUACUCAUUUCCUUUAUUCGAGCUUCCUAACUUGUAAGCAACAUCAAGCAUAG